CAACUUCUCGCUUCCACACACCAUCCUGAUCUCCACGCAUUUCCUUCUCCUAGCUCAAUUAGGACUCGCUACAUCAGAUUCUCCGCAGCAAAUGUCAUCACAAUGUCUGCAUGGGAUCCACGGACGAACGGAAGUCGACGGCAAGCCUUUUAUUAGUCUCCCUGAUGGGCGCGACAAUGGCAGUGGCAUUGAGCUUGACUGCAUUCCGGACUAUACUCGUUAAAGGCAAGUCGACAACCUCGAGAGCGAAGAACGACUGACAGCUUACUUCCACCACCGCAAGGACACCAUUCAAGCUGUUAACUCCCAGCUGCCUACUUUAAUCAAAGCAACAACACGACGAUGAAGUCUGAGUCGCUCUGGACGCUCUUUGCUGCACCCUUUCUAGCCGUGGCGGCGCCCUCCGAGAAGCGUACAGUGAAACCGCCUGCCUUCUUCCUCGCCGGUGAUUCUACCACGGCCAUCGGUGGCGGCUGGGGUGAUGGAUUCCUCGCCAGUCUACGGAACGGCGCCAUCGGUGUGAACCAGGGCCACAACGGCACUACAACUGCUUCAUUUGUCUCGUUGGGCGACUGGCAGACAGUGAUGCAGCUGGUCAAGGACAACACGGCCAAGUAUAGCUGCUACGUGACAAUCCAAUUCGGCCACAACGAUCAAAAAGCGACUUCAAACGUCACCAUCUCGCAGUACCAGACCAACCUCCAGAAUCUGGCACACCAGGUCAAGUCGGCCGGCGCCACGCCCAUCAUUCUGACCUCGCUCACGCGGCGCAAGUUCACCAACGGCACUCUGAACGACGACCUGGCCGACGUCGCUGCGGCCGCCAAGCAGGCGGCGGCAGCCGUCGAUGUCGCCCUCCUCAACCUCAAUGCAGCCUCCAGGAAGUACGUCCAGGCUAUCGGCCCGGAAAAGGCCGACACGUACAACCUCCUCGAGGGCGACCGCACCCACCUCAACGAACACGGCAUCGCCGUCUUUGGCCGCAUGGUUGCUGAUCUCAUUGUCGACUGGAGGCGGCCGCUGAGGUCUUACAUUGCCCCUGACCCUGAGGUGUCCAGAAAGCUUGAUCGGGGUAUCUAUGUUUGAGGCGGGAGGGGUGGCAUUUGCAACUGGGUGCCUUGAUGAGCCAUGACUUGCUCACGAAUGUUGUGUCUUGAUUGUACUUACCAGACCUGUACGGAGCAUUUCGAGUACAUCAGCACUCUUAGGAGAUCCUCGAAACUCCCAUAGCAGCAGAAUUCUCGUGCCAGAUUUGAUCUUGAAUGCAAUC